CAUUUUUGUUUCAAACUCGCUUUGUCAUUUUCCUCGUACAUAGUCGUGUUAACGCGAAUUCAGUAAACAUUUUUCGUGUUUAGUUUCGUUUUCCUGUAAGCAAUCGACGUAAAUUAUCUCUUAUUUCCCAAAAUACAAUUCUUCUAUUGAGAAUAAAACAUGGACGGCGCUAACGAUUGGAGAAACGCACCCCACAGCACUGGUACCACAAUUAUGGCAGUGGAAUUCGACGGAGGAGUCGUCGUUGGGGCAGAUUCUCGCACCAGCACUGGGACCUACGUCGCGAACCGUGUUACGGACAAACUAACAAAGUUGACCAAUAACAUUUACUGUUGCCGUUCCGGGUCCGCUGCUGACACGCAAGCGAUUGCUGAUAUAGUGGCAUAUUCUCUCUAUUAUCAUGAGAAUCAAACUGGAGAACAGUCUCUAGUGGCGGAUGCUGCUAACGAGUUCCGUCAGUAUUGUUAUAACUAUCGUGAUUCACUAGUUGCUGGUAUCAUCGUAGCCGGUUGGGACAAAAAGCUCGGCGGACAGGUCUAUUCCAUUCCCUUGGGAGGAAUGCAUAUCCGACAGAGUGUCACCAUUGGCGGAUCUGGAAGUUCUUAUAUAUAUGGCUUCGUUAAAGAGCACUACCGCGAGGGAAUGGCUAAGGAUGAAUGCGUUGAAUUUGUGAAGAAAUCAAUCUUCCACGCAAUGUAUCACGAUGGAAGCUCGGGAGGUGUUUGUCGUAUUGGAAUCAUUAACAAGGAUGGCGUCGAACGGCAAGUUUUCUUUGCUCCAAGAGAAUAUGAAAACAUCGCUGCAGUACAAGCCGGUCCAUCAGUUUUUGUGAAGGCCUAAUUGGCAAAACCAAGGUAAUUUCUCAAUUUAAUAAAUAAAAAUAUUAAAUAUUA